CACAAGGAGCCGGAAGCCCCCGGGGGGGCGAGCGCUGACUCCCAGCUCCGUGCAGGGCCGUCAUGCAGGCACGGGGCAGCAUGCGUGCCCGCUGCAGCAGCCUGGACCUGGGUGCCCACGGACCGUCUGCCCCCAUGCCGGACACCCCGAGGGGCUGCCCGCCUCGACCCCCCAGCUCAGACCUCAUCUACAGUAACGUGGGAGAGCUGCGGGCCCACCUCGUCCCCCGCAAGGCUAGCAGAGGGGAAGGAGCUGGGAGACCCCCCUCUCAGCCCGACCGGGACCACCUGCCUCCCCCAUUGCCAAAAAAGCAGCUCCAGCGAGCAGAGUCCCUCCCGGAGCAGGGGCCAUCGCAGCGCUGUCGGGGUGACCCCACACGAUGGGCUGGCAGCAUCCCACCACCCCAUCUGCGGCAGGAGGAGGGGGCUCCCAGCUCGAUCCCCCCACGGGACAGACCCUCCUGGGGACCCAAGAAGCCUCUGACCAAGUCCCAAAGCCUGGAGGACCCGGCGGCCCGGAGCAGCCCGCAGAAACCCCCGUCAGCCGGCAGGACGGAGCUGACGUUCAGGACGGCAGAUGGGGAGCUGGGGCAGCUCCUGGAGAGCCCGGCUGGGGUGUGCGGGGUGAUGUUGGCGUGCCAGGAGGCCACGCUGGCCCGGCUCUCGGCUCGCAUGCAGGAGGAGCUGGUGGGGCCGGAGGGGCGGCAGCAGCUGCUGGAGGCAGAACUGGCUGGGAAGAGCUGGGCAGCGCUCAGCAUCCUGGACCGGGAGCCAUGCUGCCAAAGUGGGGACGCCUGGUAUUUCCGCGUGGGCUUCACCUUUGAGCAAACCCCGCUGGUGUUUGCUGCCAAGGUCCCCAAGCUGUGCUGCACCAGUUUGGGGGUGCAGAGCUCCCUCGGGGCACACUGCAGCAUCCAGAGCCUGAUCGGCCGCUUCAACAACCACCUCCCUUGGGAGCUGGCGCUCUCAGGAAGCCCCGGGGAGCAGAGACGUUCCCCUUCCGGAGAGGAGCCAGCCUGUCCUGCCCACCAACCCAUCCCGCAGGUCCUCAUUUCUCCCGAGGUUCCCUACCAGACCCUGGCGGGCUUUGUGAAGGGAUCCCACGGUUUGCACAGGGCCAGCCCUGGGCACUACGAACGCCUGGCUUGCCUCCUCCUCCUGCAGGUGUGCACGGGGCUGGAGCAUCUCCGGGUACAGAAUGUGGGGCAGGGGGACCUCCGCCCGGAGAACCUGCUGCUGGUGCAGUGCCCUUGUCCUCCCCGGAGCCAGCAAGGCAAGGAGCCAUCUCUGGGGCUGUCCCUUCCAAGGCUGCUCAUCAGCAGCUUCUUCAAGGUUAAAGACAAACAAAGACCUUGUUCUACCAGCCAAGAGCAGGACUGGACCAAGGGGCUUGCUGCACCACCCUCCCCGGUGGCAGAUGAGCUGAAUGUGGGCAUGCUGAUCUAUCAGAUCUUGCAUGUGGACAUCUCUCUAGAGAACAUCUUGGGGUUCAGAAGCAACAGACUUCCUGAAAUCCCCUCCCUGUCCAUCUAUUCCACGGGACUCAAGCGUCUGGCCAUGCUGCUUCUCCACAGAGAUCCCUGCAAGAGGGUCUCCAUCGAGCAGGCAAGGAGCAUCCUGCAGGUCCUGCUCUGGGGGCCUCGCCAGGAGCUCUUCGCCAGGAGCAAGAAGACCCUCACCCUGCUUCGGAGCUGGGUGGAGGUGAAGAGGACUCUGCUGCUCCUGAAGUUUGCAGAGAAUUGGGCUGGGGCAGUGGGGAGCCCCAGCCUCGAGGAGUGGCUGUGCUGCCAGUACUUCAAGGACAUCACCGAACACGCACUCUACCAAGUCACCCAGGCUCUCUACACUCCCUAAAGGCAAGCUGAAGUUCAGCCCACCCAAAAGGUCUCCUCAAAGCCAAGAGCCCAUGAGGAUGUGGCCAAAUCCACCAGCUCACAAGGAACGAGGUUGGUCCUGGCUGGGAAAACUCAAACCCACUUCCCCCACAGCACGAGAAUGAUGAAGCUGGGACCAAACUCCCACAGCGUGGAGUGUGUUUGUGUUUUUAUACCCUUGGUCAAAUUUUGUGUGAUACUGUGAGUCCAGUUUAUCGGAGCAUCUCAGGAAAGACAGCUGGGUGGAAGCCACAGGAUCAAGCACUAAUUUAGUGGCUGAUUAACCCAAGCUUAUGGGGCUUAGACUUUGCACAAAACCCCCUCAGACCCCUCCCGGGGCCUUCACUGUUUUAAAUAAUAAUGCAAAGCCACACGUUAGAGCUCACCUUAAUGCACCGUUAGCAAGGGAGAUGUACAAUACCACGUACAGCCUGCUCUUUUUAGAAACACUCCCUGGCGCAGUCACAAACAUAAAUGACAUUUUAAAGGGGGAAAUACAGCACCCACACAGCUUCAAUAAAACCCAGAGCUGAGCCUCUUAAAUACUGGUCCUUUAUGUGCUUCUUUGACAGUUAUUACGCACCCCAGUGAUGUAUCCAGAGAGAAACACAAAGCCAAACUUCACUGCCCAGCAGUGAUUAGGCAGAACAGCCUCGAUGGCAUCCAGCUCGGGUCAGCUUACGGCUGCUGCACCCAGGACCAGGCU